AACAAAAAAAAAAAAACUGAAAAAAAGAGGCCAAGAUGGCGACGUCUGCUUGAGGCAGAAUCGAGUCUCUUCCCCAUCUCCAUCCAUUCAUGUGUGUCUGUGUGUUGUAACUAGACGAAACUCGUGCCAAUUUGGUGGGGGCGAAAUAUCCAGACUGCGGUCUUCUAUCAAUAGAAGAAGCCGCGUAAAGGAUAGUCAGAUAUCGCCGGCCGGGAAAGGAUUUAGAUACAGUGUGUGCCUUCCCCGACGUGUUUAUACAAUAGCAAUUGGCACCUCCCGUCUUCCACUCCCUUGUGUUGUCCUGUGCCUUCUUUCGCUCUCCUCCGAUCUCUGAGGAGAGUCACAUUCCCUUCAAGGGAUCGGAAAGUGCCCGGGUUGCAUUCUACAGUGGCUUACGGUUGCGUUGAAACGCCGCCAAAAACAUGGAGUCAAGAACAAAUUCAGCCCUGUUUAAGAGGGCUGAACAACUGAGAAGGUGGGAGGAAUCAGAGACAAACAAGGAACCUGCCUCAGCUCGUGUGGUUUCAAGGAGAAUCCAAUUCUCAGAUGGAUGUGUAUUUCUCUCCGCUUGUGCUGCCGGUGACAAAGAAGAAGUACUCAAACUCAUACGGCAAGGAGCUGACAUAGACACCCCCAAUGUUGAUGGUUUAACUGCGCUGCAUCAGGCCUGCAUCGAUGACAAUUUGGAUAUGGUGGAGUUUUUGGUGGAGCAUGGAGCUGACAUCAAUCGUGGAGAUCAUGAAGGCUGGACUCCUCUGCACGCCACAGCCUCUUGUGGAUUUUUAUCAAUUGCCAGGUACCUGAUUGAGAACAAGUCAGAUGUUGCUGCUGUAAACAAUGACGGUGAACUCCCUAUUGAUAUUGCUGAAACAGAAGCCAUGGAAGAGUUGCUUGAACGAGAAACACAGUUGCGAGGCAUUGACUGCGAUGCUGCUAGGAGCCAAGAGGAACGACAAAUGCUUGCUGACACUAGUCGGUGGCUGGAAGGAGACCCGGCAUCAGCUCGACUGCUCCAGCCGCACCCUAGAACCGGCGCUACUCCGCUCCAUGUCGCUUCAGCCAAAGGUUACAUCCGCGUGAUGAGCAUGCUCGUUCAGGGCGGAGGCGAGCUGAACAUUCAAGACAUUGACGGCUGGACACCAUUACAUGCGGCUGCCCAUUGGGGACAGCGUGAAGCAUGUCAACUCUUGUGCGAAAACAUGGCGGACAUGGAGGUCCGCAAUUACGUGGGUCAGACUUGCUUUGAUGUGGCCGAUCCUGACAUCAUCCGGUUACUGGAAGAAUGCAAGAAGCGUCAGGCCAUCAUUUUACGAGAGCGGCCAGAAGUGUACAAUAAUCGAGGCAACGCAAGGAACCAGUCACCACCCAAGAGACGAUCGUCGGUCACCCGUACCCCGCAAACGGAGAAAGCUGCCAUCCAGGCUUCGUCCAAAAUCACGGAUAAGGUUCCCGGUGCCGUCAUCAUGGUCGACGAGGAAAAAGAGAACAGCAGUGGCGAACUAUCCUCGCCCGUGGCCCCUCUUGCCGUCCAGGAGUCCUUUGAUGAACGAGCCAAACCUGCCACAACCCCUGCCACAACCACCACAUCCGUCCCGACUUCAACGAAAGAUAAUUCUCCUAGAGUGACUUCGUCAAGCGGACCCCCUUCACGUCCACCACCUCCACCGGCCACUGAUGUGGACAACCUGCCUUCGUCUCCAUCACAGCAAUCGGGUCAAAUGAUUGAAACCGAGGAGGAUGUUCCUUCUUGGAGAAGACCUGGUUCUUUCCGGUCGAGGCAAGCUGCCAAUGCUGCCAACGGCAGUGGAACAUUGAACCACACUCCGGUCAAAUCGGAGCGAGAAGGAUUGAACCGGUCCAUCUCUCAGCCUUUAACCCCUGUAGCGGCCGUCACGUCUUCUUCCUCCGCCACCCCUCAAUCUUCUUCUACCACUUCGUCCAACCUCGCCUCAACCGCCUCAUCCAUCUCCUCGUCCACCUCCGCCUUGUCUACCGAUACGGAAGUCACACUACGGAGAGCCCAUAGUUUCGAGUCCGACGAACGAUUUUAUUCGCGGCUGCUGGAACUGCGGCGACGGAUCAAGGCCAAUUCCUUGCCAUUGCUGGCAGCCUCGUCGCUCACUCCGAUCGUGAGCGGCGGCAGCAACAGCGUUGGGGAGGAUGUCAAUGGUGGAGGCCCCACUAGUACUAACACUAUUCAUUCAACCAAUAACCGAAGCCGAGUCGAACAAACCCUACAACCUGACGACGACCUUGAACCAGUCGUUCUACGGGUGAAAAGUCGGUUGGGAACAGAAUGCCCCGUCGAGCAGACGACAACGGCCACUUUGGUCCUAUCGCAGCCCAACGUGCCGAGUUCGGCCAAUCAGCCCAUACGCAGCCCGUCGGCCAACACGGUUGUGACCACUACAGCGACCUCAUCGCUCACCAACGUCAAACUAAGUCCCGGAACAAUUAUCAAGAAUUUCUUCAAGUCAUUUGUUCCUCCAGUACGCGACGAAGAGUCAGAGACGCAGCGAAAGGCACACGCCAAGCGGGUCCGUGAAACCAGGCGUUCCACGCAGGGCGUCACGCUGGAAGAGGUCAAAACGGCCGAACAGCUAGCCAAGAAGAAACAGGCCGAAACCACAUCAAUACCUGCGUCGGUCACCCCCGAUGCUACCGAAUCUACCGAUUCGAAAUCCGAACUGGAACGGCGGCCAUCCUGGAGAUUGUGCAUCAACGAUAACAAUAAGAACAAGUUCUCAUUGGAAGAUUCACGGAGUAAGAACAACGGAGGAGGCGGUGUGAAUGCCUCAUCGACCAUCACAUCAAUAACGGCCGACACUGUCAUCACGAUCCCGCUGCGUCGCUCCAAAGCCCAGGAAGAAGAAAUGAAGGAGACGACAAAGGAGAAUGCGGCAGCUGCUACCCCAGCAACGAUCCAGCGGAGGCGCCGGCCCAAACGGCGAUCGACGGGUGUCGUUCAGAUCGACAUGGAGGAUUUCGACCCUUCCGGCAAAGACAACACCUCCUCAUCACAGACGGGCGACAGCGAACCUCAUUCGGAUGAUUCAGAGUCGUUGUCGGAUCGAGGGAGCAGUUCACGUCAAGUCUCCCGACCGUCUUCACUCGGCUCGUCCAUCAGCGAUGUGCGCGACGAAGCGCCGGCCGCCAACACUCAACCGUCGACGCCCAUCACGACCCAGCAACAACAGCCCACCAUGGCAGCGGCAGCGGCCGCCGUCGCUUCCGGCGCCAUGACUCCCAACGGCGACAUUGAUUACAAAAAAUUAUGGGAGGAGAGCCAAGUGGAGAACGAACGGCUGCGCGAUCGAUUGCGGUCCACGCACGAAGAGUUGGCCAAAUGCAAGGAUCAGCUGGACAACGCCUUUCAAGUGAGUAAUGCACGCAACGCCAUGACGGAGGCGGAGAAACGCGAACGCCGAGCCCUCGAGCGGAAGCUCUCCGAGAUGGAAGAAGAGCUCAAAGAAUCCCAAAAGAUGGUGGAGCUGCUCCGUUCGGACAUUGGCAAGAUGCGCGACGAGAAUGGAGCACUCAUCCGCGUCAUCAGCAAACUCUCCAAGUAAAAAACAAAAACAAAAAAACAAAAAAAUAAGAAAAGAAAAAAAGCGAACGAAGCUAUAAAAAAAGAAAGUUGAGGGUGAGAGAGAGAGAGAGAGAGAAAGAGAGAAAGAGAGCCAAUUCACACGUACAUUUAAAAACAACAACCAAACGAAAACAAAAAGAACAAUGUUAUUAUUAUUACCAACGAUUUUGGAUAUCGUCCAAAAAUCGGACGCUCACACACCAAAACGACUCGCCGAGCGCUCAUCAAAUCUAACCUCUUCCUUUUUUCCCCCCUCUCAAAAACCAUUAUCCUAAGAGGUGAUAUUUGUUUGAAUCCUUUGAUUAAAAUUUUCUUCCCGACUGCGUUACCUACUCCUCGAUGUGCAAGAAAAAAAAAUUCAACAGUAACAUGUUUCUAUUUGGGUUCAGUUGGGACGGGAGAUCACAUUUUUUUUCGGAGGUCAAAGAUGAUUGUUGUCGGGUCCGCCUUCAUUCAAAAUUCCCAAAAUAACUGAAAUCGUAAUUUAAAAAAUAUUAAAUUUAGUAAAUAAUAAUAAUUGAUAGUAUACUACCGGAUUCAUUUUUCUUUUGCUUCCCCCCUACCCCACACUUUUUGAAUUGGAGAUGAACAAGAUAACAGUUCUCUUGCGUGUUAAACAUUUACGGCCGUGAUCAAAGCAAAUCUUGAAUUUUGCAAAAAAUUUAAAAACAAAAAUACUGUAAAAGUUAGAGAGAAAGGGAGAAGGGAAUGAUUAAGUACGCGUUACCAGUAUCUUUUUAAACUCAAAACACUUUUUGGAGAAAACAAAAAACAAAUCGAUCAAUAAAAAUACAUUCGCAAUUGAAUGGAUUCAAAAGAAAAUUAUUGUGUUCCGAAUUCGAAUUCUUUUCAAGACUGUCAUUUUCAAAUUUCCCUCCUUUUUUUCUCUCUCUCUUUCAAUUGGAAAUGGAUCUGCCCCCGCCAUCGUUUUCGAUGUCGGAAAAAAUGUAAGAAAGUUGUAACUUUAAAUUUUCAACCUGCGACACUAUCGGUAUAUUAUACUACAUAAUAAUAUUGUCAUGUUGUGACAUGUUUUGGGAAUUUGUUUGUCGUCAUUUUUUGGAAUGGGGGGGGGGGGAAUUUUGAAGGGGGAAAGUUUAUUUCCGGCUCGGCGAUCCAAUCCGAUCCGAUUGUGACGUAAAACAAAAAUCUUUCUCUCACUCAACUAACUCUCUUAUACCCUCCCCACUCCCCCUACUUGUACAUCAUAUACGAAAGCCAACAACACAAGAAAAUCUUUGAAAAGAAAAGAAUGUUUCGUGAUUUAGAAAUUGUUUUUUUAGAGGUCGGAAGGCUGUGAAAAGGGUGGGGCAGCAGAGGCCGAGAAGUUGAUGACGUAUUUAUUCGACUUUACUGGCUUAAAUUAAAUCUGUCGUUUUCCUCUUUUUCUUUUUUUUUUUUCUUUGUUGAAUUAUCUAUUUUUCCUCUUUAUUCUCAAUUUUGGGUUUGUUCGUUUUGAUGAUAUUUUUUUCGAUUGAUGAUUUACACUAAUUGUGGAGGGGGGUUUGGAAAUUGGGAGGAGAGAGGCAUCGAGUACAUUUUUUUUUGGCUUUUCUAUUUGGGUUGGAUUUUUCAGCCUUGCGUCAGAGAGGGAAAUUUCAAUUUAAAAAAAAAAGGUGCCUUAUGGUCGCAUUCACAAUUGUGUCAUCGGUUUAACUAACUUAGAUUCUCCAUUAAAAAGAAAACUCUCAAAAACUCUGAAGUUUUAUCAUUAUUCUAAAAUUUCCACACUGGAUAUUUUGGGGGGCGUGUGAAACAUUUUUGGCGACGAUUUUAGAUAAACUAAAUUCUCUCUCACUCUCUUCCACCCUAAGCCCCGUCUCCUCCUUUUUUUUGAAUUCCUCUCUCUCUGGUUGGAUAUUGAUAGUUUUGUUUGUAUUUUUAAUUUGCUGCUGCUGCUUUUUUCACGUACACACUUUUUGUUGUUGUUGCCCCCCCCCCCCUCUCUCCCCCCCAGGACGUCCGCACACUACUCACUCACGCCCCUCACCCCAAAAAUGUGUCACCUCUUUUUGGUAGCGUUGACUAUACUCUAUGAAAAAAAGAAGUAAAUAAUUGAUGAUGAUGCAAAGAAAACAAAAAAAAAAAAAAAAAAAAACAUAAAAACAAAAUUUUAAGAAAUCCCCUUUAAAAAAAUGUAAUUUUUUUUUUCGAAACCUGAAGGAUAUUUCAAUCACAAGGUAAAAACCAACAAAAAAUUGUUGAAACUCUUUUGGAAGAAAAAAAAAUAAUUGAGAGCCCAAUUGCGUUUUGAUUGUACAUUUUUUGACCUAACUUCCUCCUGCCCCGCCCACAAUUAGCCCCGCUCCUUGCCCCCCUCUCCCUCUUGACUCCCGACUUGAUAAAUAACGGAAAAAAAUGUGUUGUUUUUUUUCCUCCUUUCAAUCUUGUAUUUCGCUUAUCUUAUUUGAAAUUAUAAUUAAGCUUAUUCUCCCUCCCCCCACUCCCGAUACACACACUAUAUUACCCUAUUUUCCCCACUGUCUAAACUAAAUCUUUAUCUCUCUCUCUAUUCUCUCCAGUUGUGUCCUAGUCGCGUUGAUUCUCUCGCCAGUUUCUACCGAUUCGUUGAAUUAUAAUCCAAUUAAUAACGAAACUUUUUUUUCUGACGUCUUAUAAUUCUCAUUCUCCCCCCUCCCACUCACUUUUUACACACACACACACCAACACACACACUCCAACCCUCCCCAGUUUGCCUCUCGUGACAAUUUUCUCUGUUUGUUUGUUGUGUUCGUGUAUUAUUCAUUAGCUUCCACAUGAUUACGAUGAUAUAGAUGAGAGAGAGAGAGA